AAAAAUGACACGUGUUUAUUUGUUUUUACUUUUGUGUCUUGCAUUAAUGUGUCCUCUUGUAACUGGAAUUUUUAUGGACAAACUUGCCAGCAAGAAAUUGUGUGCUGAUGAUGACUGUGUCUACACAAUUUCCCUUGCCAAAGCAGAAGAGGAUUAUAAUGCUCCAGACUGCAGAUUCAUUAAUAUUAAAAAAGGGCAGUUUAUUUAUGUUUAUUCAAAACUAGUGAAAGAAAAAGACUCUGGAGAAUUCUGGGCUGGAAGUGUUUAUGGAGAACAGUAUGAAGACCAUAUGGGGACAGUUGGUUAUUUCCCCAGCAGUUUAGUCUCAGAACAACAUGUCUAUCAAGAAGCGAAUAAGACUGUUCCUACAACGGACAUUGAUUUCUUCUGUGAAUAGCACUGAAGGCGGUCAGGUAAUCUCUCAGCUGCUACCAAGCAAAGCUGUCAGGAGGAAACCUGGACACCCUCCCUGAACAC